ACCAAAAUGUCGCUUGAAGGUAGUUUUUAACCAAUUUAUUGCCGAAGCAAUUUUUACCAAUUUGUCGCUAAGGUUUAUUUUUUUUUUUUACCAAUUUGUUAAUUGACCGAGAAGUAACGAAAGCAUAAUAAUAUUCCAUAGUUGUAAAUCUUCCACUGUAAUAUCUUUUUUUAACAAAACUAGAAUUUCAUUCUCUGUCAAUUUUUCGAGAAAAUACAAGUUUAUCUUGAUGAUAAACAAAAUCUAUUUAUCUACGAGUAUAAACGUCAUUUUAUGCCGUAGGGACUAUUAUGUCAUUUCAGCAACAAUGAAGAACAUCAAUAGAGAAAUUCAAUGAACAAAAUCAAGCUCAAUGCAAGUUUCAAUGGAGGACAUGGUUACCCCUAUCCUUUGGGGUUGACCAUACCCUUAAUUUCACUCGUUUUCAUAGGGUUUUCGUUUUUAUUUGGCGGCGAAGCCGCCGUCAUCGUUGACGGAAGGUAGUGUCGACCCUGUCGGUGAAAGAUGGUGUCGAAGAUCUUAAAAAUGGUAGUACUUAUAGUGUCGGUGGAAGGAGGAAGAAGGAGAUAGCUUUAAUGGAGGUUGAAGCUUUUGACGGAGGAUGUUAAAUUGAGUGACAUCAGCAUGAUGUGUAAGAAGAUGACGACCCAAAAAGAAGAUGAUCUUGUUGUUAAUGACAUAGAAAAGUGGAAUUUGAAGAAAACCCAGAAGAAAAUAAUCAUAAAGAUUGAUGCUAAAAAGGUGUUGAUUGGAGCUGGAGCUAGGAUCUUCUUCUACCCAACUCUUCUCUACAAUGUUCUUCGCUAUAAAAUUGAAUCUGAUUUCAGAUGGUGGGAUCAAGUUGAUCAGUUUUUGUUGUUAGGUGCUGUGCCAUUCCCCAAAGAUGUUGAACGAUUGAAGCAACUUGGUGUUGGUGGGGUGAUUACCCUUAAUGAACCGUUUGAGACUUUGGUUCCUUCGUCAAUGUACAAGGCUCAUGAGAUGGAGCAUCUCAUCGUCCCAAUCAGAGACUACCUGUAUGCUCCUUCCUUUGAUGAUAUCAAUAGAGCAGUAGAUUUUAUUCACCAUAAUGCAGCUUGUGGUAGAGCAACUUAUGUACAUUGUAAAGCUGGGAGAGGAAGGAGCACAACCGUUGCACUUUGCUACAUGGUCAAGUACAAGCAAAUGACACCGUCUACUGCUAUGGAGGUAAUACGUGCAAAACGACCUCGAGUGUUAUUGACUUCCAUGCAGGCCAAGGCUGUUCAACAAUAUUAUAGCACCUGUUUCCCUGAUACUGGACACUCUCCUUCAAGCAAUGAAGUCUUGGUAACGCUAGCUGAUCUUGAGGGAUACAAGGAGACUUCUGAUGAUACUUCCAGAACCAAAGAGGUGUUCAUCCCUAAAGCAGUUGCAACAAGCCUUUCUUCCCUCCUCUCGUCUUUGACUAUUGCUUGUAGUUGUGUGUCAAUUCGUACCCAGCAGCCAAAGCAAACUGCCUGCUAGCAGAAAAUUAGGAACCAGAUACACAAGUGUCCCAACGACAUUUGCAUCAAUCUGCUACUUCUGUUUAGUCCCAUCUUAGUCAUUCCCACUUGAGAUGAGGAACUUAUGCAUUAGAUUUUGCAAUUGGCUCUCAUAAGAAGGGAUGAUAUGAGCUGGUGUUCCAUGAAUCCAUGAGAGUAGGGAGUAGUGUACAGAUGAAGUAAUUCCCAUUCUUUCAAUAGAUUUAACAGUUGAUUGUCUCUCGUUGUACAAAACCUGUAUCUGUUCCCUGUGUAUUGAAAUUAUUCUGCCUGUAAAUAACUCAUACUAUAAACCUGUAUUGUUUUCCUUUCUGACAUUCUUAAUAUACUUGUAAGUUACAGUAGAUAUUGUACAACUUUUGCUGCCCGCUCUUGUUGUUAACUUAGCUAAUACACAUAGAGGAAGUCACUGCAUA